CUUGACCCGUGAAAACCCCGCGAUCGCCAGCAUGACGGUUGGCGUGGUCAUGCAGUGGACGGCCGAAGUCUCUCUCGAGGACAUGGAGAAGACAAGCAUCGUGGUCGACGCCGACGAGUACAUCUUUGACGGCUUCUUCCUCCUCGGCGCCGACGCCAUGCCACCGAUCGAGUAUGUGCGCAGUGGCGUCACGUGCACGCUGGCGCUCGUGCCACAGGAGCUGCCACCGCACGUGGCCGACCUGCCGCAUAUCGAGCACGACGCGAUGCUUUCGUUUGAGCAGUUUGUGCUCUGGCAGCUGCUUCGCAUCCCCAUCUCGGAUCUUCCGGGAUUUCAAGGUGAAAAUGGCAUGCACCUCUACCCGCGCUUCGUCUCUCGGAAGGACCAGACGCCCGAGACCCUGCGUCACGUGACUGCGUCGCAUCGCCUCGGCUUUGGCAUCGGAGCCCUCUUGCCGCUCCCUGCGCUCUUGGACUACGUACAAGCGUCGUCGUCGAUGACGGCCCAUGCGUUCAUGGCCACGUACUCGGAGGCGCGGCUCAAGUACCACGUUGUGUCGACAAGCCCCAAACGAGGUUGCCAUCAUCUUCGGAACGGUGAUGUCUCACGGAGCACCGCAGACUACUUCCGCGUCGACCGCGCCAAUGCGUUUCUGGGCCGAGUCUACCACGAAGGACAGGGGGCACCCGCCCACGACGGCGUCGCCGAUUUGCGCCAGUUCAAUUUCCACCAGCGCUUGGGGGCCAUCCACUGCAAGGCCACGCCGGUGGAGAAAUGCAGCUUUGAUCAGCGCGCGUCCGAGUGCUUCCUCUCGGGUCUCAAGGCCGACGUCAUCGAAAUCGCUACGGCGCUGCCGCUUGUGACGAGAGCGUUGGCCCACGCCCGAAGACUGCGCCACUUGCAAGCGACGUGGGGUCUCUCCUUCCGGAACCCGGCGCUCUGCCAUGAAGCAUUCCUGCACAUCUCGUACGUCGAGUGCGGCAUCCAUUCGGCCAACUGCGCCCCCGCCAUCCACGCGCGCGUGCGACUGGGCAUGCCGCUCUCUCGCCCGUCGCUGCUAUCCACCAAGAAGCGAAAAGCGCCGAUGUCGGAGCUCGAGGCGAUUGUGGACGCCCACGACGACCGAGACUUCAAGCCAAUGGAUCUGUCGCCGUACCUGCGGUCGUAUGGCCGCCUCGAGUUUCUUGGCGAUGCGGCGCUGAGUCUCGUGGCGGCGGGCGCCACCUUUCUUCGGCUGCGUGCGGCCCCCGAGGGACAGCUCGCAACCAUGCGAGCCAGCAUCGUGAGCAACGAGACGAUCGGCGAAAUGGCCAUGAAAUUGGGUCUCCAGCAUCUCGUCCUCUGCGCCCAUGACGUGACGACCGCACCCGUAAAAGCGGUGCGAAAGAUGGCCGCCGACUGCUUGGAAGCUCUUCUUGGCGCGCUUCUCAUCGACCUCGGCCUCGACGACGGCAUGGCGGCCGUCCGCACCCUCGUUUCGGCCAUGGUCGCCGCGUACGACCCGGAGCUCCACGACCUUCUCUUCCUCUCGGAAGAUGCGCUGAUGGCAGCCGCGCAAAUCUACUUGGACGAAGACGCGGCGGCGUUUCAAGCGCACCCGCAAGCAGCGUUGCUUGUGGCGCAGAAGCAAACGUUUGAAGCUGCCCAUGCCAGCGUGCCACGUCUCUCGCGCACGCACGUGUGGGUCCGCGCGCUGACGCACAAGUCGUUUCGGAAUCCGAUCAUCGAUCAAGACGCGUACAUUCCCAGUGGUCCUGGCAACUACGAGCGGCUCGAGUUUCUCGGCGAUGCCGUGCUUGAAGUCGUCGUCUCGUACCAUCUCUAUAGCGCUUUUCCGCACCACCACGAAAACCUCUUGUCCAAACUCCGGUCGGCGCUCGUCAACAACGCUCGGCUCGGCAACGUCGGCGCGGCCCACGGCUUUGGCGAUGUCGUUCGCCUCGGCACCAACGUCGUCGCCAACGGCCUCCGCGUCCCCGCGGUCCUUGCGGAUGUGUUUGAAGCGCUCCUCGCCGCCUCAUUUCUCGAAAAUUGGUCCCUGAUGCCCGUCGAUGGCUUCUUGCAUGACGCGCUCUUUUCGCUCCUGCCCGAGGUCGUGCGGCAUCGCGAGUGGCUCUCGCCGCGCCAGCGGUUGCUCACGUACCUCCGCAAGGUGCAUCCGACCGCCGACGUGAUCUUCCAAGCCACGACGCCGAUGACGCGUACCGAUGCGACAACGCACCACGCUAUCGCACUUCUCAUCGACGGCUUCCUCGUGUGUCGGGCCAGCGCCACGACCAAGGACGUCGCGACCGAACGAGCCGCCACAAAGGCCAUGCAGCUCCUCGGCUUUCCCUAAUACCCCACGCCCUUUUCGUUUCAACA